CAACCCGCGAGCCUUUGAGUUUCGUGUUUAUUAGUGUAAAUUUUGGACGUACUUGAAUAUCAGAAAAAGGACAAAAUUUCAGGAAUAAAAAGCGYUUUAGUAUUUUUUCUGCUCUGGCAAACUUUGGAAAAGCUCAUAAUCACCACUCGAACAGUGACUAUCGUYUCAGAAUCACCGUGGUCGCUCGACCAAUCACAGCGCGCGACGAAACUCUUUACUAUACUGAUGCAAAUUGUUUGCUCAAAGAUAUUGAUGUCACUGUAAAAAACACAGCUGUUGACGAAGUGACUUCAUUACUAGAUCUGUCUUUAAUCUCUCUCUUUGCGUGAAAUUUCUAGUAUAAAGUAAGAUUGAAAGCAAUAAUCUCGUACCCAAAGCCUGCGUUUUUGAACGCAUGCGCUCUUAUACCUGAAGUCCAAGAAAUCCUGGUCUCAAAAAAAUGGAUGAUGCCAGAGCCCUCGUUCUUUGCCCGCGCAGGCCAGACGAAACGCUGGCUCUGGGUACGUGAUAUUGACUUAUAGGUUAUGACUUCCGUCAAUGUAUUUUUCUUGUAGGCAUUCUCCACGACAACCUGUUGUAUUACAUCAGGAUCCAUCGUCACAUUCAUGGCCAUCGAUCGCACUGUUUCACUAUGCAAGCCGUUCUUCUACAAGACAGCGGCUUCACCGUCUCUAGCACGUGCAAUCUGCGUUGCCAUAGUAACAAUAUGCCUUCUGGUCGCUUCUCUUCCAUUCAUGGGUAUUGGGAACUACAUUUUGAGUCAGACUGGAUCAUAUGUCUGCCAYAUUGACCUAUAUUCUUCGAGUCCAAAGGACAGAGUGUUUAUUAUCAUCCUAGGACUAAUAGCUGUAGCUGUAGUUACAACGAUGUUGACUUCAAAUAUCGUAGUCUUUUAUCUCGUCUGGAAACUGAAGAAAAGCGUCUGCAGGAUUUUUCCCUUGGAGCUAAACAGGAACUCAAGAAGAAAGAAUAAUAAAUGUAUAGCGGCGAAGAAAGAACAACAGAUGGCUCAGUUCGUGGCUUCAGUGUCUUUGAUAUUCUUGCUAACAUGGCUACCUUUAACAGUACGUCUUUUCUGCAAUUACUUCGAAGUUUUGCCGAACAAGACCUUAGACCUUGUUGCUAUGAAGAUCGCACUCUCAGGAUUUAUCGCUAACCCUUUUGCCUACGUUCUGUUUAGAAAUAUUUUCAAGCGAACACUAAAACGAAGUUUCAGUCAAAUACAAACUGGAAUUGGGAACAAAAUAAAUGUAAAACCACAAAGUAACAAAAUAUUUCAUAUCAAAGUGUCGAGAAUUCAUCGGGAAAAUUCAACUGUUGAGCCGUCAAAGUUUGUCACAGACAUGCAGCAUGCAACAUGA